AACACGGCGAGGAUAAAGCAAGAUGGCGUCUGACGGUGAAGACGUUAUUGCAGUCGUCACAGUUCAGUGUUCUUAAUCUGUGCCUCCAUGUACACAUAUAUGUCCUUUAUUACACUCUAGUAAAUAGAGUAAACAUCGUUAAUAACUGUUUGCAUCCGGUUAUAUUAGUCUGAGUGCACUUUGAUGCUUCUCCAGCUAGCUUAGCUUGCUAGUUAGCUUAGCUUGUUAGCUGCUAACAAAGAGAGGCGGAAGUGAUCAAAACACAUCGCUAAGCAGAGAUCAAGUGUGAGUGUAAAGUGUUGUGAUUGUGUGAAAAUGUGCGAAAGAACCAUAGCAGAGUACGAGGAGGAACUUUGUCCAACAAAAGAGGAGAAGGAGCGACAACAUCAAAAACAUCAAGUUGUGUUACACAGAACAGACAUCCAUCAGCUGAUUGGACACCAAGAAGAAUGUCUCCCUCAUCUGCAGGGGGACAGUUUCACUUUAGAGUAUCCACAGCCCUCACAUUUUAAAAAGGGAGAGUGUCCUGUAGGGCAGGAGGAGGCUGAUCUCAGCAAGUUUCCACUGACUGUUGUCUCUGUGAAGACUGAAGAGCAUGAAGACAAACCACCUGAGUCCUCACAGCUUCAUCACAGUCCAAACAUCUGUGAAGAACAUCUUCUCUCUGAACAACAGAAGUGGAGCUUCAGGAUGGACAAGGAGGAGGAGCCACAGCCCUUCCACAUUAAGGAGGAAGAAGAGGCGCCACAUACAUUGCAAAUGCAAAGGGAAGGAAAUAACUCGCUGACCUCCCAUUUUAAAGAGGAAGAGGAGGAACACAGCAUCAGUCAAGAAUGGUUGGAGGAGUUCCAUGUGGUUGUGAAGAGUGAAGAUGAUGAGGUCAAAGGUGAGAGUGAGGAGAGGGGAGGGGGGGAGCCUCCAAGCAGCAGCUCAACUCAACACAUGACAACAGAAGCUGAUGGAGACCACUGUGGAGGAUCACAAGCAGACAAGCUCUUAGCUCCACUAUCAGAUAGUGAGGACACAACGUCACACUCUCCUGACACUGAUGAUGAAGACUCUAAAGAUGAUAAGACAUGUCACACUGACAACACACACUUCACAUGUUCUCUCUGUGACAAAACCUUUAAAUAUCCUAGUUAUUUGAAAGUACACAUGAGAACACACACUGGAGAAAAACCUUUUUCAUGUUCAAUCUGUGGUAAAGAUUUUACCCAAAGGCCAAAUUUGAAAGUACACAUGAGAACACACACUGGAGAAAAACCUUUUUCAUGUUCAAUCUGCAGUAAAGAUUUUACGGGAAGGCAAUUUUUCAAAGCACACAUGAGAAUACACACUGGAGAAAAACCUUUUUCCUGCUCAGAAUGUGGCAAAAGUUUUGUAAUAAAUCAAAGGUUAAAAGUACACAUGAGAAUACACACUGGAGAAAAACCUUUUUCCUGCUCUGAAUGUGGUAAAAGUUUUGCAAUAAAUCAAAGUUUAAAAAUACACAUGAGAUCACACACUGGAGAAAAACCUUUUUCAUGUUCAAUCUGCGGUAAAGAUUUUACUCUAAGGCCCCAUUUCAAAUCACACAUGAGAACGCACUCUAGUGAAAAACCAUACUCCUGCUCAAGAUGCAACAAAAGCUUUCGUCACCGACAAUCUUGUACAGUACACAUGAGAACACACACAGGAGAAAAAAUGUUGAGCUGCAGUGUGUGUGGUGAAAGAUUCUCUUAUAAGUAUCAGUAUAAGAAACACAAGUGUGCUGGUGAGAACAGCAGCAGCAAAUGAAGAUGCAGGAUUUGAAAUAAACUGUCAAAACUUGAACUUUGACCUUAGAAUAACAUCAGCACAUACAACAUGUGUGACAUCAUUGUUGUGUGUGUAACACAAUCUUGUUAAUAUGAUUCUAACAUUUAUAGAUUAGACACUUCAGAUUAGUGCUUUUAUUUCAGUCAAGUACAUGAGUUAAUAUACACAUUUGUGUACUUUAAAAUGAACAGAACAAUUUGACUAAAAAGGUGAGAAUAAACACUACAUAAAAUAUGUUACAAUAAACAUUUAAUAUUUAGAUAUUCACUCUUAUACUCAUGCAUAAUAGUGUUUUAUAUAUGUUUUUUGAAUAAUGAAGUGUUACAUAUUUUAUGUUCUAAUUGUAGAUGAUUCCAUUUAUAUGAUGUACAUAUUUGUUUUACAUGUGUUCAUACCUUUGCUUUUGAGUACACAUAAAUCCCUCUUAGUUCAUAUUUACUGGUUCACAUCUGAAACAUCUUCUGGACCACUUCUGGAAGCAUAUUAUUAUUUACUUUAUACAUCAUUUGAACAGUUGUGUUUCAUACAAGAUCAUUUACUUUUAAAAUGUGUGUCUUAGUGAAUCAUUUGUUGGGUCUCUAUAAUCCAUUCUAUUAAUCAUCAUAAUUACUCUCUUUUGUAAUAUGAAUAUUGUUGUGUGAUUGUUUUAUAUGUAUGUCCCCAGACCUUUAUGAAAUAAACAAUGUAUGCUUCAACUGGGUACAAUA